AUGUCUUCAGAUUCAACCGAACUCGUUUCUCUUAACAAAAACGAUUCGUCUGGAAAUUGUGAGAAUGGUUUCCAUUAUUUAUCACUGGAUGAACACGCCAACCAAGAUUCCAACUCUAUCAGCCAGGGAGAAAGAGAUCGAAACGACGAUACGUUAACAGAUUUUCAAGGCUUCAUGCUCCUGAUACCGUCGUACAUCGGCUUUGGGUUUCUUGGACUUCCUUAUAUGGUCAAGCUUCUGGGACUAUGGGUGGGAAGUGGUGGACUACUGUUGUAUGGAUUUCUAACUGGAUUAGGAUCUAUAUUGCUAGCAGGAACUAGCCAACGUCUAUCAGAAAGAACUGGGGAGAGGUUUGGUGAUAUGGGAAGUGCGUUGGAGAUGAGUAUUAAGCUUGGACCCCAUUGUAUGCAGCGUCACGCAGGAAAAUUCAAGUCAGUAUUUAAAAUUAUGGUUUUGAAAUGCGAAAACCAGAGGUGUUUUCUGGACUGCUGUAUAAUAGUGAAUUCAGGGCUGCUGACUUCGGAUCUGGUGUCUAUUACGAGUCUUAUUUCAAUAGAUAUUCUACGCCCAUAUGCCGAUAUUAAUGAUACACUUGCCAUUGUUGUAAUAUCGGUGAUGCUGAUACCAGUGUACUUGACAAGAAGAAUGAAGCUUCUCUUUCGGCUAGCAUUAACGGGGAACACUGUUCUCCUUGGAAUCUUUGCCGUGUCCUUCCAAUAUCUCUGCCAAGACCUUCCGGAUACCAGCAUGCGACCAGCAUCAAAGCGCAUCGAUUACAUAACAAUGACGUCAUUUUCGAAUGACGUCAUGUUUUCAUAUGGUGGAAUAAUCUCGUUACUGCCGAUACGGGACAGAAUGAAGAGUAAGAAGAAUUUUGACGGAUGGAAUGGACUGAUAGGACUGGUCUUUGCGAUUAUAAUCGCUUCCCAUGUCGGCUGUGGGUUUUUCGGAUACCUGAAAUUUGGAGAAUUUACCAACGUGGAUUUCAUGUUGAACCUUCCAAGGGAAAAUUGGGUAUUCAAGUCGUUGGCGAUUCUUUCGUUGCUUUGUAUGUACUGUAACAUUGGGAUGACUGUGUUUGUGGUAACAGAACUUAUAUGGACACUAGUUAAGGAGAACUCCAGUAACACUCUGAUUCUGAAAUAUGGGGAAUACACCUGCCGAAUCGCGUUGCUGGUUUUCUGCAGUACUUUAACAAUACUGGUACCAGAGUUCCAAAUAUUGAUGUCACUGACCGGGUGUUUUAGCGCGUUUUUACUGUCACUGUUCAUCCCUUUGGUGGUUACGAUACUGACGCUGUCUAGUGAUGAGGAACCGACAUUAUUUAUGGACAAAAUAAAACGAAAAAUUACCCUAAUAUUUUAUAUAUUUCUGCUUACGUUUGCGAUGUACUCAAUAAUUGCGGGGACCGGUGUCGCUAUAUAUACAUCUAUUAAACAGAUUGUGCUCUAG